GGUUCAACACAGGUUCUCAUUGUGGUUUCUCAUUCUUUCAAGUUUUUCAAGUCAAGGUCUAUUAGAUUUAAAAGAAUCAUGUGACAGUCGAUGUCUGGCAAAUUCUAUAAUUGCAAAGAAACUGAAAAGUGCACCACAUGGCGACAACUGUACUGUCACAGUAAACGUCACUUCAGUGCAAUAUGAGACACUGUCUUUUGAUACAAAGAACAUGCAAAUGAGUAGUCGUGUGAAGGUAAACAUGAUGUGGAAUGAUCCUGGACUAGCAUGGAAUAAAAACACAUCUAACGCUACAGCGAUUAUGUUGCCAGUUGACAAAAUCUGGACACCUGGGCUAAUUUUGGAUAAUGCAAUAGAUAUAACCGUGCACCCAUACAAAAAUGAUGUACUGGUGCUGCGGAAUGGAAUUGUGGACCAUGCUGUUGUCUUGUUCAUAUCAGUGAGCUGUGAAAUCAACCUUUUCACCUACCCCUUUGUGUCUGGGGAUUGUCCUGUGGCAAUCAAUGGAUGGAACCAAAAUGAUUGUGGGCUUACACUCAAAUACACAUAUAGUAACAUAUCUAUGAGUGGGAGUGAGCAGAGUGGAGAGUGGUUGACUGAGAAUGUGGAAAUAACACAGGAUUCAGAGUCUAAAAAUCGAACAUAUCUCUCAGUCACAUUAUCCAUCAAUCCAUUCAGUGCUGUUGUUACCCUGAUCCUGCCCAGUGUAUUAAUAAUGCUCGCUGACCUGGUGAGUUUUGCUCUGCCAGUUCAAGGAGGAGAACGUAACAACCUUAAGGUCACCUUGGUCCUGAGCUUCACCAUGUUCCUAAUCAUCCUCAAUGACCAUCUGUCCAGUGGUACAAGCUGUAGCCCUCUCCUCCAUUACCACUUCUGCUUUUGUCUGGUCAGUCUGGUGUUGAGCAUGGUGACAUCUAUCAUUUUGACACGUCUGACAUUAGAUGACAGCAUCCUGCCUUGUAAAUGCUCAAAGAUCAUUAAAACACAAAAUGCCAGCCUGGGCAAGGUUGAAGCAGAUGCUGGUGUGAUUGCAACAACAAAGUCUACCGAUCUGGGUUUAGAGGUGGCUUCCCUCCAAAAAAUAGUGAACUUUUUGGAAAACAUGGAGCUAAAAGAGCAAGUGGCAAACAGCAACGAGGCUUUUGUAGACCGCUUGGACAAAAUCUGUUUUUGUUUCUUUUUGUUCAUUGACAUCAUUUACAUCAUCAUUGUUGUCAUUGUCACCAGAACAGAUAUUUGCCAACCCAAAAAAAUGAUUAUCUUUGAUAAGGAGGAUUAUUAUCCUGAUUUUUGGUAUGUUGGUUCUAGUGUAUAUAUUGACAACACAUAUAACAACACAUAUUAUGACACUGAUAAUGAUUUUUAUAUUUAUUAAUGAAGGGAUGUGUAGGCGGGAGGAGAGAGAAUCUAACAGCCCCAUUUCGAUUUAGUUACAAAAAAACUUAAAAUCAUGGCGAGCAUUCUAAUUCUGUUUGAUUAAGCAUACUUAUGAAAUUUUCUUUAUAUAUAUUUUUUUUAUGAUCCUAUCACCACAGAUCCACUAUAAGUAUUUGCGAUCUGUUUUGUUUUGUGAUCAAUCUAUAAUUUUCCCAAACUGACUGUAGUGUGUAGGGU